AUGAUUGCAGAAGAGAGAGGAGCCAUCAGUCAGCAGCAAACACUGUCAUCACGGAAGUAUUCUGCCGAAAUGGAAUUAAUUGUCCAUCUCCCGCUGGGAAGAACACUGUGGGCCAUAUUUCUUAGUCAUACAGCUAAAUUUGAACAAAUAAAGAUUUUAAAAAACCCUACAAGAUUACCCCAUUCAGACGCUGGUGAAUAUGUCCCUCAGUCCAAGUCGACCUUCCUCAUCAGAGCUGGGGGAAAAGCCACUCCAAAUGAAAAUCAGACUGGAAAUAAUCAAAUUGGAAAUGCUGAAUUGCCAGGAUCACAGGAAGAUUCAGAUGAUGAUUAUUUUAGCGGCAAAAAAAGUCAGUUUCUUUGGAAAACUGAAGAUGAUAGAACUAAUAUCAUUAGAAGAGAGGACAAUCAGCUAGGUAAAAAAGAGUGCAUCAGCCUACCAGACCUUAUUGAUUUUCCUUCAGUUCCUUGUCAACCUGCUCUUUCUCCAGGAAUAACUGAUAUAUUGUUAUUACAGAUUGAGAGAGAGAAUAUUAUCGAACAAAUGAAACAAGUAAGGGAAGAAAGAAGAUAUCUGGAAAGAAUUAGAGAAGAACUAAUAAAAAAAGUUGAAAGGCUAUUGGAACAAGGCAAAUUAAAGCGAUAUCAUGCUUGUGAUGUUUGGAAGAAAAAGUACUUUGAAACAAAGAAAGUUGCAGCAUCAUUGGAGGAGGUUUUAACAAAACUUCGAGAAGAUUUGGAACUUUACUAUAAAAAGUUGCUCAUUCAGCUUGGAGCCAGGGAGAUCAAGAUGAGACCAAAGAAUCUGGCAACCAUCACAAACUCUAAGAAUUACCUUAUCAUCGAGAUCACUGAAGUACAGCAUGCUAUUGACCAACUUAAGAGAAAAUUGGAUACUGACAAAAUGAAACUGAUAACAGAAAUUAAGGUGAGAAAACAAGCAGUUUCAGAUUUACGCACAUUGAAAGCUGAACUGGCCCAGAAGAAUUUAAUACAUCUUUUCAAUCUCAAUAAGCAAUCUACAGAAUGA